AUGUUGAAGCACGCCAAGCAAGCUGAGCUGAGGGAGAGCAUGAGGGCUCUCAAGCAAAUGUAUCUUAGUCGACAGUACACACAGUGUGUACAGUAUGCUGAACAGUUGUUGAAGGAGGUGGAUGAAGAGACCCACCCCGUACAUCUGGCAUAUCUCAACUUCUACGCUGCCCUCUCUCACGACACUCUGGCCAGGCAAUCUACGCUGAAGAACCGGUUCAAGGAGCUCAACGCGGCCGAGAAGCACUACAUGGCCGCGAUUGAGGCCCUCAGUCCACCCUCAGCCUGCUCUUCACCCCCAAGUUCCGAUGACGAGCAGCCCUCAACCCCAGACUCUGCAACGCUCCCAGAUGAGCGAAUAUGGCAGCGCCAGUCGUACAACUUCAACAACACUUUGUCCGUAUACUCGACAAACACAUACCGCACCUCCAUGUCCAGCAUCACUUCAUAUGUCUGGGAACUGGAGCAAGACCCGGACUCUGUACUGAACCACUACAGCUUCCCCACCCCUCCUCCAAAGGAGCGAGACUUGCGACGAGACAGCCGACGAGACAGUCGCGGAGACCUAGGCGCAAUUUACAAGCGCUACUCGCGCCACAUGAAGACCGAAGGCCACCUCUCUGCUUCCGUUCGCAACUCGCAGGCCCUCCCCAAGCCAGCCCCACGGCAACCCGCACGUCUCCCGCCUAGCACGCCCUCAUUCAUCGUCAUGGUCAAAGGCCAUCUCGCUAGCGUCCGUGGCCUCAAGGACAACACCGUCAUCCGCGGCGUUAGGUUCGCCAACGACUCCCCUACACCCUCGCCCAAGACAACAAACUUUCGCUUCAGGGAUUCGGCCUCCGUGGACCGCGAGACGCUAUGGCAACGCAGGAAGAAGGUGCCUGUUAGGAAGCGAUUCGAUGCCGAGAGCUGCCAGCAGUUGUGUAGGGAUGCCCUUGCUGAAAUUUCGUGA